UCGUGGACGCCUGGAUGUACCGCUGAGACACAAGUCUGUCAAACAAACCCCCAUGGACUGCACUCCUCCGCGGGUCACCAGCUCCGAGCUCCGCCGAACAACCACCGCAGCUCCCCGGUCAACAACACCUGUCCCUCGUGGACGUCUGCGUGUCUCUGUUACUUUUGGAUACUGACUUUUACGCAUUGGAUAUGUGCACACAGGACGAUGACAACCGCUUUUCUCAUCGUAGAAGUAAAAUAAAAUAGGCUUUCCCUUUUCACUGGAUUUACUCCUGCCGUUCCAUAUGAAGAAGUCAAAAAGUUGGAUACGUGUCUGUGUCCAGUUACUGCUGUUCAUCGUGUUUGGAGGACAAGCGCUCGAGUUCCACGGCAACCCAGUGACGGACGACAUCCUCAAGCUCAAUAUUCUGAGACAAAAUAUUCCUAAAGAUUACAAAAUUCCAGUGCGUUACAUUCCAAAAGAAGAGGGGGGCAUGUGCUGGGUCAAACUCAACAUCUUCUAUCUGGAGGAGAGUUUAAGGGACCUGUCGCAUAAGUUUGGAAACAUUUCAACCAAUCGUAAAGACAUUAGCAUAAUCAUACAAAUGCUCGAAGGCUCACGGAUCAAGAUGGGCCAACUGGACUACAUCAUGUUUGACUUCCAGUGUCACUAUAGAGAGGAGCGGUGGGCCACGGCGCGAUACUUCGAUUACGUCAAAGAUUUUCUGACAGAGACUCAACAGCUCAAAGAGUUCGUAGACGACUGUGACCCUCCGCCUUGCCCAACGACACAACUACCAACCACCACCACCACCACAGUCACACAGCUAGGUUCCACAGAGUCCGUGAGCAACGUGUGUCCCCAGAGGAACUGUCAACCUGAAAAGCUUUGGUCUGAAGUCCUCGAACGCAGCCUCCUCUCUCUACUCUUCAUCCCUCUGUUAGCCAUCAUCUUCCUCCUCAUAUGGAAGCUGCGGUCUCGGAGGAGCUUGGAGGAUCGGGACCAGGCUCGGGCUGAAGAUGGACUCUUCUCAGGAGCAGAAGGGGGCGCUGCUCCGCUAGACGCCAACGUGUCUGAAACAAACCAGCUAACCGUGGAGACGGUGUAAAGCUACUCUUCAUCGGCCACAAACUGGGCCGUGCGGUUUUCUCGCGUUGACGUCGGAGUUGUCUCGCAGGAGCAGAAUCCACACCACGGCGUGAACUUUCCAGACGCUUCAACCUGGACGAACUUUUCCCCCAAAAAACACGCGUCGGUGCGGAUCUCUCACCAUUUCAAACUCCAAACUCGACCUCUGCUUUGCCUGUGUCACCCAGCAACAAAACUAUCUUCAAAAUGCGUGGCUGUCUUCUCUGCCUUUCUAUCCAAGACUGCGUUAAACCCCCACAAAGACUGAACUAAAGAGAGUUUCUGCAAAGAGAGAACACGAGAGCUAACCCUUUUAUUGGUUUUCAAACGUCCAACUUUACAAAAAAUGGCUUCUCCUUCCGUACAGGAUUCAAGAUGGCAUCCUUCUUCUUGCUACGAACCUGCCGCGUUUUCAACCAUCAGAAAGUGACUGAAUUUUUGAAUUGAAAUCGGGCAGGGUCCACUACCUUCUUCACUACCUCCGCUUCUUCACCUGUCCAAUUUUUUUCCACGAAAUAAAUUGUGUUUUGGAGUUUCUCUCAAAGUUUUUGUUCCAUUGGGGUGUACGAUGUAUUUAUUUAUUAAUGGCGAUGUAAAAAUAAGUUGUCAUUUUUAAGCGCGAGCACCUUCUUCUAAUGGUCACAGUUACAGUUGUAUUCGAACACAGCGCGAGAGGUUUUUUUGUUUUUAAGUUUUUAUGAAUGGGUUUCAUUAGUUUGACCAAAGUAUGCUGCUUUUCUGAUCAUUAUCCAUAGACUUUUCACCAAGAGGAGCUGCCGGAUUCAAGUCCUGUACAAGGUUUUUCAGGGUGACAGAAAAUUGAAUACAUUUGAAAAAGAAAGAAAAGAGAAAAGGAAGAAAAUCUGAAGGAAAAGAUCAAAAGUACAAGCACAGAAGUUAACAGCAAAUGAAAACGUUUUUUGCAAAUCUGCCCAGUUCGAUAUUUUAACUCCGGUUUAGUUUGAGACUGAACUGUACGUUUUAAUCUCAUAAUUCCUGAACAGCACAAAUCAAAUAAUUAUAAUGAUACUUUACAGCGUUUCAUCAACAUUCCGUGGGGGUGUGAUGUUAACUGAAGGCACUGCUGUGUCUGAAAGUUAAGUUGGGCUACGUUCAGACUGUUGGGCUUAAAGCUCAAUUCGGAUUUUUUGUCUGAUUUUUUUGCGAGGUCGUUCAAAUUUCUAAUUAAAUGCGACUUGUGUGUGAACUUUAAAUGCCCCAAAAGUGUCCCGCAAGGAAGUCGCCUAAAUUCUGGGCUUGUCUCUCAAGAUACGGUCCACUUCUUCGUAAACUGGACAGGUUACACGUCCACGGCCGCUUUGUUUGUUUGAGUCUUUAGCCUCCUUGUAUUUGGCUCACAGGCUCUUUAUUUUUCAUUGAUAUCGAAGCCAGGACCACUGGUAGCCGCGCUCAGACAUUUCUUUGGCAAUCAUUUCAAAAACCGCCCAGUUCUGAUAAGACCCCUCCAAUUUGGCCUGAACACAGCGAUCCCCUCAAAUUUGAAUUCACUCGCUAACCUCGCUUUCCCUCCAUUGACUAGACUCCGAGCCUGACGUGUAGGUGGGAUGAAUGUGACCUGGCCGUUCAGACUGAAGUCACAUGUCAAAAGACCAGAUAUGUAUCGGUUUUAGGAGCACAUAUCCAAGUGGCCUGGGUCACAUUUGAAAAAAUUGGAUCUGUGUCGUUCAGCCUGUCAUUAAAAGACCAGAGAUCACAUAGGGGUGAAAAAAUCAUAUUUUUGUCACUUAAGGCUACAGUCUAAACGUAGCCUAAAACGACUCCUUUUCAGUUAGUCAUUCUCACCUUUUUGUUGAAAACCAAACACUAGUGAUGGGCGAAUAGAGCCUCGUGAAGCAUUGACACCUCAGUCGCAAUAUUGUCUCAAAUGGUUUGACGUGUUUGAGGCCUUGGAGAAACACUGACCUCUAGUGGACAAAUUUAACCAUUGGCACGCAGGUGUCUCAGCAUCGAUGAAGUAUUGUUAGUGUAAGACAAUACUUGUGUGCAGAGCAAACACCGUACCUAACAACAACAAUAAUAAUGAUGAUUUAAAAUAAUAUGUAAAGAGCAACAUAAAUAGCAGCUGUAAAUAAGAAAAUCGGUUACAUUGUUAGGUGGAAUUAGGUCAAAGUGAUCCCACUCCAUGGAUCGCUUUUGUAGAUGCCAUCAAAAAUGAAACAAAUGCCAAAAGUCACCAAAAUCCCCACUAACGUCACACAAUACUCCUCACUACCCAACAUUUUUAAGAAAUAUUGGUGCAUCUUUUAUACUGUAGCAGUUUCGCGCUUGUCAAACCACGGAAGUGCCCUGAACACUCUGAACGCUCUGAACCAAUCGCAGAGCGGAACAUUCCCUGAGCCAAUGAAACGCUUCGAUACACUGAAGCGAUUGACACGCAGAGCGAAGCAGCAGGGGGAGGGACCGACACUUCCACACUUUGGUCACGUGAGCGGCUGCUGCGAGACGAGCUCCGAGGCAGUGCUUCGGAGCAAUUUGUUUCAGGAAGAUGGAGACGUGCUCCGGAGCUCCGUCUCAUUUGCCCGUCACUACCAAACACUUAAAUCCAUUUUGAGUUUGCAGAUUAUCUUAAAACUUUUUAGCUUUGUUUGUUAAUGUGUGAAUUGUGUCACCAUUUCAUAACUCUAGACCAGACCAAUAUCAAUAGAUUGAGAGAAUAUGUCCAGUGCCGUCUACUUGGGUCCUUUCUCUUUACAUGGUCUCCCUUUGUCUGAGUGGGUAAAAUGCAGUGGAAACAUUUAAAAGGUUCCAUACCAUAUUUUACUUUUAAUGUCUUAAAAAGAAAAUGCUAAAAACACAACUAGUUUGCAGUGGUCCAUGGUUACGUUAACAAAAACUAGCAUGCUAACAGCGCCCAGCCUUGCUUCCUGGUUCACGGAGGAUAAAUACGCUUUACAAUGAGAUGCAGACGAGUAAACAGUAGUCUCAUUUUUACCGUCCUUUUACGACAAAAACAAUUUAAAAUCUGAUACGUCUCCUUUAAAUCAACAUUAUACCUUUAUUAUUUUAUUUUUAAAAAUCCCUGAAAAACCCUGAAAAGACUUGAAUCGUGUUUUUGUGAAAUCUGUCCAUGACUUCGGCGGCCUCAACAUGCCUUUUACUUCCUUUUUCUCUUUUUUUUGUACUUGUGCGGAUGGCAAAACUGUUGGUUGUCAUUUUGAAACUUAAUAUGAAAAAAAUGUAAAAAAGAGAGAGUAUAAAACCAAAUAGCAUUAAAUAAAUAAAUAAAUAAAUCAUAUAGAGUUAUUUUUAAA